UAUAAAUUAGUACAAAGUUCAUAAUAAAAUUGUGCAGCCGUUUCCCGGUAAAUAAAAAGGUUGCCAAUUCCCAAACGAGGAGUCUGUUAAUCCGUGCAGCCAAACACACCUCUAGGGAUUUGAGGUUUGAAUAUUUGCUUCCGCGUUUCCUUUCCUCCCUGUCAAACAGUUGCUCUUCCCUCCUUAGCGCCGAGCCUCCACCGCAAUGGGGAAGAAGAAGCCCAAAGAUCCCGAAAGCGGCGACGUUUUCAAAACCCUUUUCGGAUAUCUUCCCAAAGAUGAUGCUUCCUCACGUUCUCUCUUUUCCGACAGCAAUCCCUUCCGUAGAAAGCCCAGUCUUUCUUCCCAAACACUUCCUUUUGAAAACCCUAGCAUUCCCGAUUCUGAGGUCAAGAAGCGGAAGAGGACCGAAGAAACUGACGAAACUUCUCAAACUCUUGAAGAUGCUCCAAAAGCUCAGCAUUUGGUCGAGCCCAAGAAAUCUAAGAACGACAAACUACGAAACCCUAAUUUGGGUUCUGAAUCGAAUGAAGAACUUCUUAAUUCGGUUUCUGAGUCGAACAAAACGUUGAAGAAAAACAAGGGAAAAUAUAUCAUUUUGGGUUCUGAGGGAAACCCUAAUUCGGGAUCUGAAGUGAAGGAAAUGGUGGAUUCAGAAAAGGGGAAGGAGAAGAAGAAGAAGAAGAGGAAGAGGGAUGAGAUUGAGGAGGAGUAUGAGGCACAACACUAUGGGACGGUGGCCAAAGUGGAGGGUGUUGGGGAGAAGAGGAAGAGCGUGGUUAAUCCUGCUGAAAUGUUGGUCUCGAAGGAGGGGUUUGAUGAUGAAAGCAAGCUUUUGAGGACUGUCUUUGUGGGGAAUUUGCCAUUGAAGAUCAAGAAGAAGGCUUUGUUGAAGGAAUUUAGCGUGUUCGGGGAGGUUCAGUCUGUGAGGAUUCGCUCUGUUCCCAUCUUGGAUAGCAAAAAACCAAGAAAGGGUGCGAUAAUCUCGAAAAAAAUCAAUGAUUCUGUUGACAGUGUCCAUGCUUAUAUUGUUUUCAAGACUGAGGAAUCAGCACAGACUUCUUUGUCUCAUAAUAUGUCUGUGAUUGGAGGAAAUCACAUCCGUGUUGAUAGGGCAUGUCCACCUCGCAAAAAAUUGAAAGGAGAGAAUGAUGCUUCACUUUAUGAUAAUAAGAGGACUGUUUUUGUGGGAAACCUCCCUUUUGAUGUGAAGGCUGAAGAAAUUUAUCAGUUGUUUUGCGGUAUAGAUAGCCUGGAGUCCAGUAUUGAAGCUGUUCGGGUUGUUAGAAAUCCUCAUACAAGUGUAGGAAAGGGUAUUGCCUAUAUUCUGUUUAAAACAAAGGAUGCUGCAAACUUGGUUGUUAAGAAGCGAAACUUGAAGCUGCGGGAUCGGGAUCUGAGGCUCUAUCAUGCCAAGCCUAGUUCCACCACACCAUCUAAGAGAAGAAAUCCAACACCUGCAGAGGCAGAUAUUUCCCCAGCCAAGAAGUUGGCGUCUGGUUCAAGGAUUUCCUUGGAAAGCAGCAAUAGAUUGAAGACAAAGUCUGUCAUCUCCUACCAGGGCUUGCAAGCAAGCAAAUCUGGUGUCCCAAAGAAAGGCCGUCUGCAAACCAAGGAAGCGGUGAAGUUCAAAUCCAAAAACCAGAAGGAGAAUACACUGAAAGAACAACAAAAGAAAAGACCAGCAGUUGCUGCCAGAAAGGCAAAGAUCAAUGCAGUAAACGCUGCUGGUGGUGGUGGUGGUUCAAAACAAACAGGGAAAAAACGGAAGCUGGAAAGCCAGACCCCAGAGGGUGGGCGGCGGAGCAAGAAAGCCAAGAAAUUUCGGUAGGAAAAUACGGGCCAA